AUACUUUGGAAAUAAAAGCAACAGGAGAUGCAACUUUGAAGGCAACAGAGGUUUGGGGUGCUCUAAGAGGAUUGGAAACAUUUAGCCAGCUGAUCCAUGAAGACAGUCUUGGAUCUUUUGUGAUAAAUGUAACCAGUAUAACAGAUGCCCCAAGGUUUCAACAUAGAGGACUUCUUCUUGAUACAUCAAGACAUUAUCUCUCCGUCAAUAUUCUGAAGACAAACUUGGAUAUCAUGUCACAGAACAAGUUUAAUGUGUUCCACUGGCAUAUUGUUGAUGACCAGGCAUUUCCAUAUGAGAGUUAUACCUUCCCAGAAAUGAGUGUUUUGGGCGCAUACAAUGCUUUCAGAGAAGUAUACACACAGCAAGAUGUUAAAGGAAUCAUAGAGUAUGCCAGACUUCGAGGUAUUAGAGUGAUCCCAGAGUUUGAUACACCAGGUAAAACAAAUUUACUGACAAGAUGUUAGAGUGGCAACCUUCUGGGAGCUGUUGGCCCCUAUGAUCCUACCCUAAAUUCUACAUAUACCUUAUUAUACAGAUCAUAUCUUCCAAGAGAUAGCCCUGUUUUCCCUGAUCAAUAUGUACAUCUAGGGGGAGAUGAAGUCUCUUUUACAUGUUGGGAGAGUAACCCAGAUAUUCAGACAUUUAUGGCCAAUAUGGGAUAUGGUAAGGAUUAUUCCAAGCUUGAGGAAUACUACAUGCAGAAAUUGCUCAACAUUGUGAAUGGAUUGAAGAAAUCCUACAUCAUCUGGCAAGAGGUUAUUGACAAUGGAGCAAAGGUAGCUCCAGAUACUGUAAUUGAAGUGUGGAAGGGAGGUUAUCAGAAGGAAAUGAGUAAAGUUACUGCCCUUGGUUAUAAAACAAUUUUAUCUUCACCAUGGUAUGUCAACUAUAUAUCUUAUGGCAGUGAUUGGACAAAGUACUAUACUGCAGAACCACUUGAUUUUAAUGGUACUCAAACACAGAAAGAUUUAGUGAUGGGAGGGGAAGCAUGUAUAUGGGGAGAGUUUGUAGACGAUACCAAUCUACUACCAAGACUUUGGCCUCGAGCAUCUGCCGUUGCUGAAAGGCUAUGGAGUCCCGCAAGCUUUAAUGACACUAAUCUAGCCACACCUAGGAUUGAUGAACAUAGAUGUAGACUUGUGAGACGAGGUUACCCAGCUGAGCCAUUAAAUGGUCCAAGCUACUGUCAUCAUGAAUAUGUUCUUCAUUAAUAGUGAAACUAUAUCAUACUACAUGAAUCAUUCCAUCUACAUGUUGAUAAUCAGAUGUCAGUUUGCACAAGAUUCUGCCACUAGUCUUACUUACAUUGCUUUUGGGGUUUUUUUCCUAAUUUUUUAUAACACAUGUACAAUUAAACCACCAGUUGGUGUAUUUUGUUUUAUGUGAUAAAAGGCUUUAAUUUUUGUGACUUUUAAUAGCAUACUAAAAUAUUUGCAUUGAUGAAAACUGAAACUAUAUAUGACAUUCACUUGCAUUGAAAUAACUGGUAUAGAAAAACCACAGUAUUGUGUCUGCUCUUCCUCAUCUGAUGAACUUUUAUUAUCUUCCAUUCAUUACAGUAUAACCUCAGCAUGGCUACACCCUUUGGGGGGACAAUGAUAUUGUUUGUUGCUGUGAUUUGUUGCCCUUGGAAGGUUAAAUUUAUUGGACAGUCCUUAUUUGAAAAAGUGAUAAAUUGCUCUGCAUAUGGCCAUUUUGUAGAACUUGCACUGUAUUAUUUAUAUUAUUGUGAAGAAAAUCAUGUAUUUAUUUAUAAAAAAUAAUAUUUAAAUGUCUGGAGAUGAAUGGAUUUUGUAUACUUUUUCUUAUCAUUUUGUUACAAUAAAUAUUUUUCUCGAGAAAACUUA